AUGGUCCGCCCACAAAACUGCCUCUUGCGUUCAAUGCAGUCUCUCCGGCCUGGGCGGGUUGUCUACUCUCAAAUCCUCCUCACACGAAACCUUCGAGCCACUAUAUCUUGGUCAAGGCUAUACAGUACCGAAAAUGAUGCCCCGAGAUUCAGUGAUACCCCUUCCCCCGACGAAUCUCAAGACCUCUCGCAUUUGAACCCCGACCCCGAAGACUAUUCGCGCUUCAUCUUUCAAGACAAAUGCACCGUCACUAUGCAUGCCGGCCACGGCGGACACGGUUGUGUCGCUUUUUUACGAGAAAAAUAUAUUGAGGAGGGUGGUCCGAAUGGAGGCGAUGGAGGUAGCGGAGGAGGUCUCUAUAUCCAAGCAGUCGAGGGCUUGACAAGUUUACAUAAACUUGCUCGGAGAGGAGUUGUCAGGGCUGAGCGGGGAAAAAAUGGACAGGGAAAAAGCAAAGGUGGUCAACGCGGUGAUGAUGUCUUGAUUCAGGUACCCAUUGGUACUGUGAUUCGUGAGAUCGAGCGCCAUGAUCCAGUUGCGGAGGAGAGAGCCCGUCGUCGAAAAGCUUACCUGGAACCUGUGGAUGAAGAUGAGGCUGAAUUCACUCCUAUCCGUCACGAUCGCUGGGUUCUGUAUCCCGGAUCCAGGCCUUCUGAUUUCUUGACUGUGAAGUUUCCGCGACUCAGACCCCGUCGACAGGCUAUCGCUGCCAUGGAACCCAAAGCCCCGAUAUUCCUUGACCUCUCUGAAAAGAUGGAUAAGCCUUUAUUAUUGGCGGCCGGUGGUGCUGGUGGAUUGGGUAACCCUCAUUUCCUGACCCGUGGUAUGGGACGACCGAAAUUUGCGUCUCGAGGCGAGGGUGGAAUGAAACUCGUGCUUGAUUUUGAGCUUAAGUUACUGGCUGAUGUUGGACUGGUCGGAAAACCUAAUGCAGGAAAGAGUACUCUACUGCGUUCGUUGACGAAUAGUCGCACCCGGAUCGGAAACUGGGAGUUUACUACUCUGUCUCCUCAUAUCGGGACAGUGAUUAUUGAUGAUAAUAAGGGUCGUCCGUUGGUGGAGACCGCAGGGAAACGCCGUCGUACUCAUUUUACGAUUGCGGAUAUUCCCGGCUUAGUUGAAAAUGCUCAUCUUGAUCGAGGUCUUGGACUUGGGUUCCUGCGACAUAUCGAUCGAGCGGGUAUCUUAGCCUUUGUGUUGGAUCUCAGCGCUGGUGAUCCAGUCCAAGAACUGCAGAAGCUGUGGCAUGAACUUGGUGAAUACGAGCGAAUGCGCAAUAUGGAACCCCCUGAGCCUACUCCUGAGGAGCCGGAAGGUGUGAUCGAUUGGAAUCCAUCUGAAGGCGGUGGUCUUCCAGAGCUGGAGCCCUUACGGACCUCGGAGCUUGAAGUCAAUACAUCUGAAGAACAGUUCCACCACCAGUUCGACAAACCGAUCGUAUCUCUUCCUCCUCUUGCUAUGCCGCCUAUUCACACCAAGCCUUGGUUUGUUGUCGCAACAAAGGCUGACCUGGAGGGUACGCAAGAACAGUACCGAGCUCUUCAAGAGUAUCUGUCUGGGGUGGAGAAGGGUACAAUUCCUCAUCCCUCUGGCCAUUCUGACGGCUGGAGAGAGAAAGUGUGUGCUGUUCCCGUCAGCGCUAUCCGUGGAGAGGGUGUUGCUCAUCUUCCAAAAUUGGUGAUGGAGUUUCUGAAGUAA